AUGAAUAUUACAUUCGAUUUAGAUGAUAAACGUCAUCAACAAAUUGAAUUGAAUAAUAAUGAUCCAAUUCAAUCUACACAUUUAAUAUCGCAACAUGAAGUCGAAAUACAAUUAACAAAUCGAAAAAAUAUUCUUAAUGAAACAACACCAACGAAUGAUGUGAAUCAAAUUUUUUCUCAACCAAUUAUUGAUCAUAAUUGGGAAUCACGAUAUUAUUCAGGUCAUCUAGUAGUUACAUGUGGACAUUUUGUUGCUUAUACUCUCAAACGACAAAACGGUGAUGAUAUUGUUUGUGUUUUUUAUAAACAAGUGGAUUAUCGAUCUGUGAUAAAUCCUCCAUUUACAGGUGAUAUAUAUGAUUUAGCAUUUUCAUCUUCUGACGACAUUCUACUGGCAUGUGUUGAUCAAGCAUCUCAUUUACGUGUUUAUCGAAUAGAAAAAAAUGAUGAACCAAAUGAAUUACAACAUACACUGAUCUUAUUUAUUGAUUUACAAUAUUCAAAUAGUCAAUCUCCUCCGACGUUAUCAUGGUGCUGUUUUAUACCGGAUGAUAGUGAAGAUAGUGAUUCAUAUACAAUGAUGAGUGUUACUCAUGGCUCACAUGUUGAAGUAUUAAAUGUUGCUAUUGCAUCUCAAUCAUGUAUAUCAGAAAAUAUGUUAACAUUAAAUCAAAUUGAAAAUGGUCGUUUAACAUAUGACGAUAAUAAUGGUAAUGUUACAUGUGUAUGUUUCUCUCCAGAUGCUACUGCAUUAGGUACUGGGACAGAUAAAGGUGAAAUCAAAUUUUUUUCAAUUCAUUUUGAUCAACCACAAACCUGCAGAUGUCUACAUCUUUGGAAACCACAUGAAGGACGACCUAUUUCAUCAUUAUUUUUUCUCGAUGAUCAUAAAAAUUUAACACAAGAUACUCAGUUAUGGCGUUAUGCAGUAACAGGUUGUGAUCAAAAUCGAGAACUUAAAGUUUGGAGUUGUUUCAACUGGAGUUGUUUACAAAUUAUUCGUUUUCAAUAUUCAUUUAUUGAUUCAGUAUUUCAUUCCACAUCUCAAUUACCUAUUCUAAAAGCUUCUAUUGAUCUCACUUCACGUUUUCUUGUACUUUCUGAUAUAAAUCGAAAUUCUAUAUAUGUUUUAACUAUAUAUCAAGAUGCGGAAAAUAAUCGAGCUAAUUUCUCAUCAAUAAAUGCUUUUACUUCAUUUAAUUCUCCAUCAUUAAGUUUUGCUAUUACAGCUGCGAACCAAAUUAAUCAUGAACAUACAGAUUUCGUUCCUUAUGGUGUUAGAAUGUAUAGUAUUCAUACAAAGUUUUUUCAAGAAAUGUUACUUGUUUUCAAAACAAAUCGUUUUAUGACAUUAAAUCCUCCUGAAUAUUCCGAUGUACAAAAUCAUUCAAUGCAAGAUGGUCUUGUUGAAGAUUUUCGUUUUGAACCAUAUAUAUCUCAUUUAACUAAUGACGGUUUACCAUUACUGCCAAUGACUACAAAUCUUAUAGAACCACCCGUUGGUGAUCUUAUAAAUCUUCCACCACCAUAUAGUAUUGAUGAUUUACUUACACCAGAUAGUUCUUUAACGAAUAUAACAGGUUUAGCUAAUGGUGAUACAGCACGUUCAUUACUUGCUAGCCACGAUGGAUUGACAACAAACUCACAUCCAACAUCAACAAUGGAUCCUCUUCAUGGUCUCUUACUUGGUAAUACAACAGCAUUUGAUGCUAUUACAACUCAACAACAAGAACAUCGUUCACAUACUUCACCAUCACAAAAACAAAUAGCUGCUACUGCAGCAGCAACUACAAGUCCUAUUAAUCGAUUUCAAUCAAGCGGAAAUACUGAUUUAGAUUCAUCACGAUUAAUUAUUAAUGGUAUAUCACAAUCACCAUAUGAUUUAGCUGAUAAAGAAGUUGCUGAAAGUAUGUCAUGUUCAACAAAUUAUCCUCUUCCAUUUGAAGCAUUACCAGAUGAUGAUAAUGAUGAUGUUGAUGUAGUAUUUAUGCCAAUAAAAACAAUUACUGAUGAUGAACCGGUUAAUGGUAAUCAAGAUGCACUAUUAUCAUCACAAAAAUAUAGUGAUAAUUCACUCUGGUCAAAACAAAGUCCAAUUAAAGGGUUAAAUGCAUCGAAUCGUCAAGAUAUUGAUGAUUAUAGUGAUCCGACUGAAACAAGUGAUAAAGAUGAUGAUUCAACAGCUGAUGAAGAAGAUCUUUUACAUACACGUAUUAAACGACGUAGUGGACGGUCACCAAAUAGUUCUCAAUUAAUAUUAAAUAAUGAUUCCUUACAUGAAAUUCGUCAAUUAACUCGUGUAUUAAAUGAAUUACGUACACGAACAACAAAUCUUGCAUCAGAAUCUAUGUCACAAAUAACAUCUGAUUCGUAUAAUGACGAUAAACUUGAUCACUGUUGUCAACGUCUUGAACAAUUAACAAGCAAAGUUGAUAGAUUACUUAGUUUCGAACCAUCAAAUACUAUAAUGUGUACUUUAUCAUCAGAAUAUUCUUUACUUUAUAAUAAUGCAUCAUUUCUAGGUGUUGUAUCUCGACAAAGUCGACCAAGUCCAAAUUCAUUUCCACUAGACAUUGUAACAAAUAAUGAAUCACAAACAACAUUAUCCGAUACACAUUAUGAUCGUUUAGAAGCUAUACUUAUUGAAAAAAUUCAAACAUAUGUACAAAGCGCAAUGAAAUCUGUAUUUGAACCAUAUAGAGAAAUGAAAGAUAAUUUACAUAAAGAUCUUGCUGCUAAAUUAUUAUCAACUGAUAAUGUUAUCAGACAAACAAUUACACAAAUAUUUCGUUCAAAAACAAUGGUUGAUUCUUUAAGUCAUGCAGUAUCUAAUGCAAUUCAAACAACAAUGAUAACAUCUUAUCGUGAUACAUUUAAUCAAAUAGUUAUACCAUCAUUUGAAAAAGCUGUAACAAAUAUGUUUCAACAAACAAAUGAUGUAUUUAAACGUGGUACAAAAGAAUAUUUACAAGAAAUGAUUGAAUAUGGUCGACAACAACAACGUUCAUUAAUUCAACAACGAGAACAAAUGAUGAGUGAAAUUCGUAAAGAAACAACACAAUUAAAUAAAGAAUUUGAAAAGAAAAAUCAAGAAUUAACAAAUGUACUUAAACAUGAAAUUACUCAACAUCUAACAACAAAUCUUACACCUUUAAUUCGAGAAACAACACGAUCAAUACUACGUGAGGAAACAGCUUCAAUCUUUCGUGAAGUAUUAGCAACACAAAAGAAUGAUAUCAAUACUCUAUUUCGACAAACUACAACUUUAAAUCCAACUGUUAGUCGAACGGCAACACCUGUAUCUACUACGAAUGUAGCAUCACCUAGUAUAACUAAUACAAGUUCACCAUCAGAUACUAAACAACAACAUGUAUUAAAACUUAUUCGUCUUAAUCAAUUGAAUCAAGCAUUUGAAUUUGUUUUAUCAGCAUCAGAUUUAAGUCUUGUUUUAUAUUUAUGUGAAAAUGUUCGUCCAGCAGAUUUAUUUUCUAUUCAACCAUGUCCAUUACAAACACCUGUUCUUCUUUCUUUGAUACAACAACUUGCUGCUGAUUUAACUACAAAACAAGAACUUAAAUACAAUUAUUUACAUGAAGCAUUAAUUUGUCUUGAUUUAUCACAUCCAAGUGCACGUGAUUAUUCACAGAAUAUACUCAUUGAUCUAACUAAAAAACUAUAUGAAUAUAUCCAAACGAAUCCAACAACACCAUUAGCUAAACGUUUUCAAGUUUUAUUUAUGGCAACUCGAAGUUUAAUACAAAAAAUCGUUCAACAACGAGCAACACCACUAUCAUCAUCUUGA